CUUCUUCUUCCUCCUAACGGUGCAGAUCUCUGAUCCCAAUCUUACAUCAUUAAUCUCUUCUUGAUUAGUGAUUUGAUAGAUCACACCUGGAAUCAUGUUAAAAUCUUUACACACAUUUUCUCAUUUCUACAUUUUAGCUCUUCUAGGUCUCAAUUUUUUUUGAUGAAGAUUUCUAUGAGUUUGGUGUAUAAUGAAUUAGAGAGUGAUGUUAUAUAAUGUCUUCUUGGGUUCUGAUGUUCUAUAGAAUGAACUGUUGUCUUGUUUGUUUGGUUUGUAGUUUUAAUGGAAGCGUUACUUACUUCAAGGGUUGUUCCAGUUCAAGUUCCAUUUAGAAAGCUCUCAUCUUUUUCUGCUGAUUUGUCUUGCCUUGAGUUAAGGAGAUAUCCUUGUAGAAGAGGCAGUGUCUCGAUCAUGAACCAUCCUUUGGUUCAUCCAGUGACUGCUUCUGUGCAGCCGCUGAGGGUGUCGGCUUUGGGGCAUGAAGGCAACACUGUUCCUUCUAAAGAGAUUCUUGAUCUUUGGAGAAAUGUGGAAGCUGUAUGCUUCGAUGUAGAUAGCACGGUUUGUGUGGAUGAAGGUAUUGAUGAGCUUGCAGAGUUUUGUGGAGCUGGAAAGGCUGUUGCUGAAUGGACUGCCAGAGCAAUGGGUGGAUCCGUUCCAUUUGAAGAAGCUCUAGCUGCAAGGCUUUCUUUGUUCAAGCCUUCUCUUUCCAAAGUUGAUGAAUAUCUCCAAAAGACACCCCCAAGGCUAUCCCCUGGCAUUGAAGAGUUGGUCAAAAAGCUCAGAGCCAAUAAAAUUGAUGUCUAUUUGAUAUCUGGAGGCUUUCGACAGAUGAUCAAUCCUGUAGCAUCGAUUCUUGGCAUUCCUAGAGAGAAUAUCUUUGCCAACAAUCUUCUAUUUGGAAAUUCCGGCGAGUUUGUGGGCUUUGAUGAGAAUGAACCUACAUCAAGAAGUGGAGGCAAAGCCAAGGCAGUGCAACAUAUACGAAAGGGUCGUCUCUACAAGACUAUGGCCAUGAUUGGAGACGGAGCUACUGAUCUCGAAGCACGUAAACCUGGUGGCGCGGAUAUGUUCAUAUGCUACGCUGGAGUUCAGCUUCGUGAAGCUGUUGCAGCAGAAGCAGAUUGGCUUAUCUUCAAUUUUGAACCUCUCAUUAACUCAUUGAACUAA